AUGCCUAAGCUUCUUGUGACAGGCGUCGCCGGCUUCAUCGGAGGCCAUGUGGCUCGCGUGGCGCUGCUCUCAGGCCUCGCGGUCAGAGGCACGGUGCGCGGCACAACGCAUGGCAUCGACAAGGUGCUCACGGGGCUCGAGGUCGUGAAGGUCGAUCUACUCCACGACAGCGAGGCGGAGCUGGUCGCGGCGAUGUCGGGCUGCACCUACCUCGCUCACGUUGCGUCGCCCUUCCCAGGUGGCGAUGUGACUGACGACGAGAUGAGGACUGCUCUCGAGGGCACCGCCAAGGUGCUGCGUGCGGCGGCCGCGGCAGGCGUGAAGAGGGUCGUCCUCACGUCGAGUGUGGCCGCGAUCGGCGGCUCGGAGGACAAGGCCAAGGGAACUGCGAGCCGGCCGUUCACGGCUGAGGACUGGUCGCCAGAGACCAUGCCGUCUUCGUACGCCGCUGCGUGGGCGCUUGCUGGCAGACUCGGCCUCGAGAUGACCACCAUCCACCCGUCCUUUGUCAACGGGCCGCUGCUGCUGCCGCGCUCGCCAACGUCGACCGCCAUGGCGAAGCGCAUUCUCGAGGGCUCGAUGCCCGCCGUGCCCGCCAUCGGCAUGAACGUCUGCGGCGUGCAGGACGUCGCGGAGGCGCACGUCAAGGCGGUGCUGGACCCGUCCACGGCGGGGCAGCGGCUGAUCGUCGCCGCGGGCAACCUGCUCAUGACGGACCUGGCGGUCGCGAUCAAGGAGGCGCAUCCGGGGUGGCCGAUCAAGACGGCGCGCAUCCCCUGGGUGGCGAUGUGGCUCUACUCCUUCUUCGACAAGCAGGCGGCGGGCGUGCUUCCGAUGUGGAAGAAGGAGAGCUACUACGACGUCUCGGCGGCGGAGCAGCUACUCGGACGGCCGCUCCAGCCGCCGAUGGAGGCGGCGCUCGAGAUGGCGGCGAGCAUCAUCGAGCUGGGGGUCGCGUCGCGGCCGCAGGGGGCGGGAGUCGGUGCCGUCAAGGAGGAGUCGUGA